AUGAGCACCUCCGAACAUACAGAUGUGUAUGCCAAUCAUCCAGACGAGUACUAUCCCGGUAUCCGUCAGAGAUCAAGACCUGGUGAAGCGCCCAAAGAAGAGAUAUACGAUAAGACGAAAGAUGUGUAUGGCAACGUCGUAACAGACAAACCCGCCAACCGGGCCAUCCUAGCCUCCCAGCGCCGCAGAUUAGAACACGAAUCGAGACUCAAAGCGCAGCGUACCCAUCAGCAAGAGAAACGACUCAAUGACAACAAGCGAUCAAAAUCUACAUUCCGAAGUAUUUUACCUAUCAUACUCUUCCUGCCAUUAUUAUCUCAUUUUCUCACUAAAUCAUAUACGUUCGGUCUAUCUCCCUACUUCCUCCCACCCCUGAGGAACUACUGGAACGAAUCUCCCCUGAAUCCAUACAAGAUUCAACUUAGGACAUUCACUCCCCAGGAGUUGGUCUUGUAUGAUGGUUCAAGGGAUGAUCGACCGGUUUAUCUGGCGAUAGGCGGGGUGGUAUUCGAUGUUAGUGCGAAUAGGAGGAUAUAUGGGAAAGGAGGGAGUUACAACAUGAUGGCCGGAAGAGACGCUUCAAGAGCAUUUACAACGGGAUGUUUCGAAACUCAUCUUACUCACGAUACAAGGGGAUUGAAUGAGGCUGAACAAGCGUCAUUACAACAUUGGAAAUCUUUCUUCACAAAUCACGAGAAAUACCAUAAGAUAGGCUAUGUCCUCAAUCCGCCUCUCACAGAUCAAGAUCCGAUUCCUGAACCUUGUCGAGUGGCCGAACCGGAUACAGGAAAGGAGGGAGGUCAGCAUGCACCGGGUGAACAGGCUGCUAAGACAGGUAAACACAAACCUGGACCUGUACAAUAA